UCACUUCCGCUUCCUCCCGGCCAGGGCGGGUAGUUCGAACGUUGUGCCUCAGGAACCUCCGGAGUUGGCGCGAGCCUCAGCACCGGCGGCGGCGGCGGCGGCGGCGCGGCGAAUGUCGAGACCAAGGCCAGAUAUGUCCGAGAGGCGAACGCGGUCCGGUGGGGCCGCCAAAGUCUCCGGGCCCAUGGCCGCGUCUCCUACUAAGUCUCUUCGGAGAUCCCAGCGGAAAUCCGGCUCUGACCCCCCCAGCACCCUCCCUGAAAUCCGUCCGAAGGCUCCCGACGCGGCUCCGGCCAGAAAGCCCAUCGUCCUGAAGAAGAUCGUGGCCCAUGUGGUGGAGGUGAGGCCUGAGAGCGGGGCGGCGGGUGCGGAGCGACACCGGGGCCGGCUGUGCGACCGACCCGUGUUGUCUCCGCAGGUGCCGUCCGCCCACUCGCCUCGAAGGAGCCCCAGGCUUGCAUUUUUCUUGGAGAAAGAAAACAACCCUCCUAGCAAGGAGCUUACUAGGGAGGACCUCUUCAAGACACGCAGUGUCCCCGUCACCCCCAACACCACUCCUGUGCUGGGUGACCCGGAUGUCGAGUCAGACUCCAGGGAAGGAGACCUGGACACCAGAGACUUGGAAAUGUCUAAGAAAGUCAGGAGAUCCUAUAGCCGUCUGGAGACCCUUCGCUGCGCCUCCACCUCCACCUCCACCCCAGGCCGCCCAUCCUGCUUUGGCUUCGAGGGGUUGCUGGGGACAGAAGACCUGGCUGGAGUCUCGCCUUUGGUGUGUUUGAAAUCAACCGAAGUCCCCACGGUCCCUGUGAAUCCUUGGGCCCCAGACACGACUCUGCCUGGAAUCUCCCCACCUGUGAAAGAGAAAAGAAAGAAGAAGAAGGUGCCGGAGAUCCUGAAAUCGGAGCUGGAUGAGUGGGCCGCAGCCAUGAAUGCUGAGUUUGAAGCUGCUGAGCAGUUUGAUCUCCUGGUUGAAUGAGAUGAAAAUGGGGUGCACCUAGCCAGGCUCUCUCCUCUUCUCCCUGUACAUAGCCCCUUCUUCCUGUGGAAAAGACACUUGGGGUCCCCUUCGCUGGCCUUGUCACCUGUGCGUGUUCUGUUGCGGCAAACCAGGUCUGUCCUCUGAGUGUGUGCGCGGCAGCGGUGGCAGCCGAUGCAGCUGUGGGAAAUAGAGCUCGCCUGGCCAGGCGUCCUGGCUCUAGUCAGUGAACCCCCACUGGCUCCUCCCUGCCUCCCACAGUGCCCUGGCCAGUUUCCCGCUGGGCCACAGACAGGAGGAGGACUCACCAGCCCGGCCGGAGCGGGGUGCAGAGCUGGCGACUGGGCGAGAGCCUCUGCUUUCUCGGGGGAACGUGGCCGCUCUGUGCCAGCCCCAGCAGGAGUGGGCGCCGACGGCCGCAGCAGCCUCAGGCUUUUUCUCCUGACUUGCCUCCUAUUGGUGGCUUGGUUCUGUCUAUAUAAAAAGGCUUGAGUUUUCUCCUAGACUCUGGCAAUGGUCCAGGGGAGAAGGCAUGGACUGGGGACAGUCUGUCUGUGAGGAAGAUGGACACUCGGCCGGUAGAGUCAGGUCUUGAAGGAGAGUGGGGAACCUUGGCUGGUCCCAGAUCGUGGGCGUUUACGCCUCAGAAGCUGUAUUUUAUAGUUCUGUGUUCUGCUGUUGUUUGGUUAAGUGCCAGGCUGAUGGAGGGCUGACUGCCUGGGGCAAAGGGUACGUUUAGGGGUGUGACACCAGGUGCCACAGGCUCCAGCCUCCACAGAACCUUAGGCGACCCCUCUUGUACACAUACUGUUUCUCACAAACUCAAGUGCACAGAGUCUCAUCAGCUCCAGGGCAGAAACUCGUAGGUCGAACAGUCCUAGUCCCACCAGCAUUUUGCGGUCACACUUGUAAAGGUGAAGGAAGCUUUUCUCACGAUCCGGAAGGGGCAGGGCUUGGUAGCAGUUUAACCUCUAGCUUCCCUAGUGUCCUCUCACAUGAGGGCAGUGCCUGAGGCACGUGCCAGGAGUUGAGCUGAGUGGCCAGGGGAUCAUCCCUUUGUCUUCAGGGAACCCUACUCCCUCACCCCCUGUUUUUCUUUUCUCGUUGCUGGUAAGGGGUAUGCUUUCAAAGGCUGCCCGGCCACAACUUGCACCGUCCCCCAGGUCGUUGAACCUUUGCACAUCUACGGGGUUGCGGACGUGCAGGCGAAGAGGACUGUGGAGGGGCUAGGGGAAGAUGAGCGCUUGGUUGGGUUACCCGAAACGCCACAGGCCUGGUGGGCGCUAAUUAAACUCUACAAGGCCUGAGAGUCCCCAGGCUACCUGCCCAACGCUUUGUGUCAGAUCCUGCAAGCAAGUCCCUUUGCCAGGGUGAGCCAGAUGCCCUUGAGCCGGACCACACCUGAAGAAUUCUUGCCCUCACCAGCUGGUGGGGCAGGACUCCUGGGAGACAUCUUGGUCCUGCAGAAUCAGGAGUAGCCAAGUGAUAAUGAGCUGAUGUCAUCACGGCAAACCUCUCUGUCCCUGAAAGACUAAGAAUGUGGAUUCUAAGGGAAAGUUGGAGUUUCUUUUAAAUAAAUCUGA